AUGAAUACAAUGAAAUCAUUUGCUAGUGACAACUAUGCGGGUGUAUUGCCAGAAAUUAUUCAGGCAUUACUAGCCGCGAAUACGGCACAUGCACGUGCAUAUGGAAAUGAUGAACUAACCACGGAAGCUAAAAAUCUAUUUAAACAAAUAUUUCAAUGUGAAGUUGAUGUUUUCUUUGUUUUUAACGGCACAGGAGCAAAUGUGUUGAGUAUUAUGGCAACUACUCAAUCGUACAGUUCCGUUUUGUGUUCCGAUGUUUCUCACAUAGUUACUGAUGAAUCAACGUCGUCGGAAUCGGUUUCAGGUUGUCGGCUAGUACCAAUCCAAAGUAAUGAGCAUGGUAAACUUGAUCCAGCGGCAGUAGAAGAAAAAUUAGGAAGAGUCGGUGAUUGUCAUGCUGCACAACCUAGCUUAAUUUCUCUAACACAACCAACCGAAUACGGAACAAUUUAUUCAAUUGAUGAGUUAAAACAAAUGUCAUUAUUAGCGAAAAAACAUGAUCUCUAUUUACACAUUGACGGAGCACGGUUUUUUAACGCUUGUGCGUCAUUGAAUUGUGAAUUGAAAGAUCUAACCACAGAUGUUGGUGUAGAUAUUUUAUCACUUGGUGGCACAAAAAUCGGUCUGAUGUUUGGUGAGGCAGUGGUUGUUUUUAAUAAAACAUUAGCAAAACAUAUGAUCUACAAACAUAAACAAUGUAUGCAAUUAUUCAGCAAACAACGAUUUAUCGCUGCUCAAUUUAACGAAAUCUUUAAAAAUGAUUUAUGGCGUAAAGCGGCGGUACAUGCGAACCAAAUGGUACAAAUAUUAGGAAAAAAACUUCUAAAAUAUUCGGCCUAUAUUAAAAUUACAAAACCGAUACAAACAAACGCCGUCUUUGCCGUGAUGCCAAAAGAAUGGAUUGAUCUACUAUCGGAAAAAUUUCCAUUCUACGUAUGGAACCCAAUUAUCAACGAAGUGCGUCUAAUGUGUUCAUUUGAUACGACAGAAACAGAUAUAGAAGAAUUUGUCAGUGUUAUUGAGAAACUGUAUGGGCUGGCAUCAGGUCAUUUAUGA